AAUGCAGAAUUGCUUUUGAAAACUAUUGUAUUCACAAUUAAAACUGAACUGAUCGCCAUGCUGUUAACACUAGCAUUAUUGGGCGUGGCCCUGUUUUUGGCCUAUAGUUUCUACCACAAUUCGUACACCUAUUGGGCCCGAAAGGGAGUGCCUCAUGAGCGGCCAUUGCCUGUGAUUGGCAAUAUGAUGGGAAUCGGGUCGAAGUACCACUUUCGGGACAUUAACCAGAGGAUCUACGAUCAGUUUAAGGGUAAAGCUCCCUUCGCGGGGAUGUUCAUGUUCUUCAAGCGAACCGCCAUGAUCACCGAUCUGGACCUCAUCAAGCAAGUGCUCAUCAAGGACUUCCAUCACUUCCAAGAUCGCGGUCUUUUCAAUAAUACCCGAGAUGAUCCCUUGACGGGACACCUUUUAACUCUGGAAGGCGAUGAGUGGAAGUCGAUGAGGCAGAAGCUGACGCCCGUUUUCACCUCCGGAAAAAUGAAGCACAUGUCGGGAGUGGUUGUGGAGGUGGGACACCGCCUGGUCGAUGCCAUGGACAAGUCAGUGGAGGCCGCCAAGGUGGAGGAUGACGAUGUGGAGAUCAAGGACCUGUGUGCCCGGUUCACCACGGAUGUGAUUGGUUCAUGUGCCUUUGGGCUGGAGUGCCACAGUCUCCAGGAUCCCCGUGCCGAGUUCCGAGAAAAGGGUCACAUGAUAUUCGAGAAACCACGCCACCCUAUGCUGGUGCAAUCAUUCAUAUUUACCAACGCCAAGUUGGCCAAAAAAUUGCGGAUGAAGGCAUUACGCGAUGAUCUGACCGAAUUCUUUUUGUCGGCCGUGCAGAACACAGUGGACUAUCGCCUCAAAAAUGGCAUUAAGCGAAACGACUUUAUGGAUCAGCUUAUAGAGCUGCGAGCCGAGGACCAAGAAGCGGCUAAAAGGGGUCAGGGUAUCGAUCUCUCCCAUGGACUGACCCUGGAGCAAAUGGCCGCCCAGGCCUUUGUGUUCUUUUUAGCUGGCUUCGAGACCUCCUCCAGUACAAUGGCCUUCUGUUUGUACGAACUAGCCCUGCAGCCUGAUAUUCAGCAAAAGGUAAGAGACGAGAUAGAAAGUGUUUUGGGAGAAGGCGAAAUUACCUAUGACGCUUUAGCGGAAAUGACCUAUCUGGACCAGGUUUUGGCCGAAACUCUUCGGAAACAUCCCAUUAUUCCACAACUUCUGCGCGAAACUAAUCAGAGCUACAAAGUUCCCAAUACAGAGCUGAUCAUCGAAAAGGGAACUACAGUGCUGAUACCAAUACACAACAUUCACCACGAUGCGGACUUGUAUCGCGAACCGGAACGCUUCGAUCCCAGUCGCUUUGAUCCGGAGGAGGUGAAGUCCCGCCAUCCAUUUUCCUACCUUCCGUUCGGCGAUGGACCCCGAAAUUGCAUAGGUUUGCGUUUCGGCAAAAUGCAGGCCAAAAUUGGCAUUGUGUCCCUGCUAAAACAUUUCAAUUUUGGCGUUUCGAAAUUGACCGAGAUUCCCUUGACCUUGGACACGCGCAGCCCCACUUUGUCCACCAAGUAUGGAGUUCAUCUGAAAGUUGAACGCAUCUAGGCCCUGCAGAAAAUAUGAAAUCUCGCAUUGCUCUAAUUUAAAAGAAAACGAAACUUUAGUGAUUUAUUCAUUAUUGUUCGGCAAUAAAUCCUUAAAAAUUUGGAUGUCUGAUAAAAUUGUAUGUGUACUGACAAGUACACUGAUAAGCAAAAGGAAUAGUAAGAAAAAUAUUUAUACUCAAAAAAAAAUCAUAUUUCAUAUUUUAAUUUAAUAUUAAAU